AUGGGAAGAGAAGCACCGUCACAAUCAGAGAUGACAGAUAGAUCAUGUGAGGGCCUGUUUGUUUUCCUUCUGACUCAGUCCAGUCAAACUUUUUCUCAUACUCGGUUAAAAUCUCAUUUGAGGCGACUUAUUCCUUCUCCUUCCCCCUCAAAACAUUUAAGAACUCCUCCCACCUUAGACCUUUUCACCAGAUCCUCCUACCUCAGACCAAAGCCUUCGUCACCUCCUCCAAUAUCGUCGCCUCGCCUUAGCUCCGACCUCCUUCCAACAGUGAAUGUGUGGACUCAUACUGCAACUGUGACCCCUGACCUUGAACAUCGUGAAUUUAUAAAGGAAUUGAAGCAGCUGCACAAGGCUCAUGAUGAUAAGGAACUAUUUGGAAUGGCAGUGACGACACAACCAAAAGAUGAGACUGCAGUUAAAUUGAAUGAAUUGAAUGAAAAAAGAAGAGACAAGCCAAAAUUUGAGAAAGAAAUAGAUUGUUGUCUUGUGACAAGUACUAGUGAUCAAGCACAUGAAUGUGCAUUAAAGGUGGAAAGUUGUGAAGAAGCUAUGUCUGAUACUGGUAUAAUGGUUAGGAGGAAGAGGAAAGCUUCCAUACAAAAGGGUAAGGGACAAAAUGGAAAUAAAGGAUCUGAAAAUAAGGGCAGGACAAAAGUGAUAUCCUCUGAUAGUAAGAAGAUUGCAAAAAUGAGGAAACAAAAGUUGUUGAAGAAGUUGAUAACUCAGAUGAUAUUUCAGGUAGUUGUGUGGAUGGAAAUGACCUGGGAGAUGGAGGUGCUCUGUGGGACAUAUUUCAGAGGGAUGAUUCUCCUAAACUCAAGGAAUAUAUCAAAAAACACUUCAAAGAGUUUAGGCAUAUAUUUUGUAGACCAGUGGAGUAGGUAG